AAGAUAGAUAGCAAGAAGCAUAGGCUGAGAUUUUCCACUUCAUGUGGACCGCAGCUACAAAUCAUUCUUUGGAUCAGAUACAGAUAAUAUCAAUAGCUACCAACUAACUACCACUAUACCACUAUCACUGUGGUGUGUCUUCUUCUUCAUCUUCAUCUUCUGAAUCCACUUCUUCACUAACAAACUAUGGCUUCUUCUUCUUCCCUUCACUUAUCACAAGCACUUGCUGUGAAUCUUCACGGUGGCUUCAACUCUUCUUCUUCUUCCUCUGAUCGUGUUGCACUCUCCAAUUCUUUCCCUGCAUUCUCUGGUUUGAAAUCGCAUUCUUCAUGCAAACAUGCUGCUACCCCUUCACGCAGAAGGGUUGGUGGAACUACCACCUCCACCAUGGUUCGUGCCACUGCUGUUGAGACACUUGACAAGACCGCUGAGGUUUCUCUGGUGGAGAAAUCUGUUAACACCAUUCGGUUUCUCUCCAUUGAUGCUGUUGAGAAGGCCAAUUCCGGUCACCCGGGUUUACCUAUGGGUUGUGCUCCGAUGGGUCAUAUUCUCUAUGAUGAGAUCAUGAGGUACAAUCCUAAGAACCCUUCUUGGUUCAACCGUGACAGGUUUGUUCUCUCUGCUGGCCAUGGAUGCAUGCUCCAGUAUGCUCUGCUUCACCUUGCUGGAUAUGACAGUGUCAAGGAAGAGGACUUGAAGGAAUUCCGUCAGUGGGGAAGCAAAACUCCUGGGCAUCCUGAGAAUUUUGAGACAUAUGGAAUUGAAGUGACCACAGGUCCUCUGGGUCAGGGCAUUGCCAACGGCGUUGGAUUGGCACUUGCUGAGAAGCACUUGGCUGCACGAUUUAACAAGCCUGACAGUGAGAUUGUUGACCAUUACACGUAUGUUAUAUUGGGUGAUGGUUGUCAAAUGGAGGGAAUAUCGAAUGAAGCAUGCUCACUUGCUGGCCACUGGGGUCUAGGGAAGCUUAUUGCUUUAUAUGAUGACAACCACAUUUCCAUUGAUGGUGACACUGAAAUUGCAUUCACUGAGAAUGUUGAUAAACGUUUUGAGGCACUUGGGUGGCAUGUAAUUUGGGUAAAGAAUGGAAAUACUGGGUACGAUGAGAUUCGUGCAGCCAUUAAGGAAGCAAAGGCUGUCAAAGACAAACCUACCCUGAUCAAGGUAACCACUACCAUUGGAUUUGGUUCUCCAAACAAGGCUAAUUCAUACAGUGUUCAUGGAAGUGCAUUGGGUGCUAAAGAAGUGGAUGCUACUAGGAAGAAUCUUGGAUGGCCACAUGAACCUUUCCAUGUGCCAGAAGAAGUUAAAAAGCAUUGGAGUCGCCAUGUCCCUGAGGGUGCUGCACUUGAAGCUGAGUGGAAUGCUAAGUUUGCUGAAUAUGAGAAGAAAUACAAGGAGGAUGCUGAAGAGCUAAAAUCUAUUAUUACUGGUGUAUUACCUGCUGGUUGGGAGAAAGCACUCCCGACAUACACUCCAGAAAACCCUGGUGAUGCUACAAGAAAUCUGUCUCAGCAAAAUCUAAAUGCCCUUGCUAAGGUUCUCCCUGGUCUGAUUGGUGGCAGUGCAGAUCUUGCUUCUUCCAACAUGACCUUGUUGAAAAGUUAUGGAGAUUUCCAAAAGGAUACCCCAGAAGAGCGCAAUGUUCGAUUUGGUGUUAGAGAGCACGGAAUGGGAGCAAUCUGCAAUGGUAUUGCUCUUCACAGCCCUGGAUUCAUUCCAUAUUGUGCAACUUUCUUUGUCUUCACUGACUACAUGAGAGCCGCCAUAAGGAUUUCGGCGCUGUCCGAAGCUGGAGUUAUCUAUGUUAUGACUCAUGAUUCAAUUGGACUUGGAGAGGAUGGACCAACUCAUCAGCCAAUAGAGCACUUGGCAAGCUUCCGGGCAAUGCCGAAUGUUUUGAUGCUUCGUCCGGCUGAUGGUAAUGAAACUGCCGGAUCAUACAAAGUUGCCGUGCUUAACAAGAAGAGACCCUCAAUCCUUGCCCUUUCUCGGCAAAAGUUACCCCAGCUUCCGGGAACUUCUAUUGAAGGAGUUGAAAAGGGUGGCUACAUCAUUUCAGACAACUCAUCAGGUAACAAGCCUGAUGUGAUCUUGCUGAGCACUGGUUCUGAGUUGGAAAUUGCCGCCGCUGCUGGUGAGGAUCUAAGGAAGGAAGGAAAAACUGUUAGAGUUGUUUCUUUUGUUAGCUGGGAACUUUUUGAUGACCAGUCAGAUGAAUACAAGGAGAGUGUUCUCCCUGCUGCUGUGACAGCUAGAGUUAGCAUUGAGGCAGCAUCAACCUUUGGUUGGCAUAAGCUUGUUGGAAGCAAAGGAAAAGCCAUAGGCAUUGAUCGAUUCGGAGCAAGUGCUCCAGCAGGAAAAAUAUAUAAGGAGUUCGGUAUCACCAAGGAAGCUGUUAUUGCUGCUGCCAAAGAAGUUUCUUAGAUCUAUUGAGGUUCUAUUUUUUUUUUCUUUCUUUCUUUUUCAUGCAAAACUUGUGGGUUUCAAAGGUGGCUUUGCGUUACUAUUACAAGAAUGGUUUCUUGAGAUGCCAUUGUAGCCACAAUAAGGACGGUUAGAUUGCUCUUGCAUGUGAUUCUCAGAGUAGCAACAUCGUGUAAAGGAUGAGAUGAACUAAUGAAGUUGAAUGAAUUUGUAACAACUACUUUGGCA